AUGCUGCGCGGGUGCGUUGGAUUCUCCUCCUUUUCCUCUUGUUCUUCUUCUUGCUCCUUCUCGACGACGAGAACGACCAUUUUGGGGAGAAAGUUCUUUCCUCGUUCUUUGGCGGCGAAAUCCAAUUCUUUUCUGGCGGCGAAGAAGACUCGAACCGCCGCUUGUGCUGCAAAGAAGAGAUCUGUAUUGAGUAGCAUUCGAAGCGAAACGAAUAAUUCGUCGUCGUUCCACUCGGAAAAGGUCGUCUCGACGGAAGAAGACAAAGAGAAAGAAGAAACAGAAGGAGGAAGAGAUUGGACGGAAAAGAUGGUCAAAAGCGAGAACUUUGAGAAAGGCAAAGCGAGAGCGUUCGAAGCGUAUUCGAGAAACAAUGAAUCGGGAGGAUCGAUUUUAACUUUAAAAACAGAUGAUGAGUUAAACUUGGAGGAACACGCGCGGCCGAAAUGGUCUCGAGAUAGGGAGACGGCGAACGUGCCGUCGACGUCGCGAGCGUUGUUGUCGAUAGCGCCGAUGAUGGAGUACACGCACAACCAUUUUCGGUAUUUGUGUCGAUUGCUCUCGAAACGAGUGUGGUUGUGGACCGAGAUGGAAGUGGACAUGACGUUGAAACACGUGCCCGUGGAGUUAAGGAAUAAGUACGUGGAUUUUACGUUGAAUCAACACCCGUUGGUGAUGCAAUUGGGAGGGUCGGACGCGGACGCGCUUGGAUUUUCCGCGAGUUUAGCCAAGCCGCACGGGUACGACGAGAUUAACUUAAACUGCGGGUGUCCGAGUGAAAAAGUAGCCGGGAAAGGGUGUUUUGGAGCGACGUUAAUGCGAGAUCCAGAUUUGGUGGCGGAAUGCUGCGCGGCGAUGGCGAAGAACGCGGACGGGAUUCCCAUUUCCGUGAAGUGUAGGAUCGGCGUAGACGGGAACGACUCGUACGACGAGUUGUAUAGGUUCGUAGAAACGAUCGCGAGUAAAUCACCGGUAAGAAGGUUUCACGUGCACUGUAGGAAAGCGUUGUUGAAUGGCAUCUCUCCGAGUCAAAAUCGUUCGAUACCGCCAUUGAGGCACGAGUGGGUGUACGCGUUGGCGAGAGAUUUUCCGGAGUGCGAGUUCUUCUUAAACGGCGGCGUGAAGACGUUGGAGGAAGUGAAGACGCAACUGAGAUGUCAACCGACCGAUAAAGCUACAGCAAACACGAUUAAAGGCGUCAUGAUUGGCAGGCAGGCGCACGCGGACCCUUGGGGUUUGUUAUCUCGCGCCGACGUGGAGCUCUUUGGCGAAUCGGAAAAUCCGUGUAAAUCUAGGAGAGACUUGUUAGCGAAAUACGCCAAGUACUGCGACGCGACGCAAGGUAAAAAUGGAACCAUGAAAGACGGAAGCCCGGUCCCGGCGCCGAGACAUUUCAUGCACUCGAUACAGAACAUUUUUGCCGGGUGCACGAACGCGAAGAUUUGGAAACGGUUAGUGGACGAUCAGUUGCAAGGUUCGAGGAAGAAAGAACCAAAUUUAACGGUGACUGAAAUCAUGGAGAGAACUUUAGGGUGCAUUCCGGACGAAGUUUUAGACGCGCCACCGGGAUAUGCGAAUUUCGGGAGCGACGCGCCGGCGGGAGAGUACGUACCGAUUGGAGAAGGGUUGAGCGAAGAAGAGAAGGAGUGGACGAGCGAAGUGCCGGUGGUUGGAGGCAACUUUCUCGCUCGCAAAGAUCUCGGCAGGAUUUUUUCCUAG